AUGAGAAAUGUCGAGUUGAUCACCGUCAUUGCAAUCGCCAGUGUGGUGAGGACCUGGAAUUACCUUGAAAGCACGUACAACAACAAACAAUAAGAAUAAACUUCCAACAAAGGCAAACGAAAACGCGGCAGCAAUAUGAGACUGAGGAAAAAAACGCAACAGGUUGAAAAGCUACCUACCGUAAGAAUGUGUUUUCGCUGCGGGAUGCAGAUGCGUAAACAACGCAAAAAGAAUGGAAAGAAAGGACGCACCAAAAAUUUGGCGCGUAACAUUUUUUUGUCAACAAAGAGAGCGAGCGCAAGGAAGAGGAAGAGAAGAGGCGCGAAAAAGGAAAAGGCGCGAUGUUUAGAGUUUGAAAUGGUUGCGAAAUCGGAAAGGAAAGGACGUGCUUCGUUUUAUUUUUUUUUUGUGUAAUAAGCGGCAUGUUUUGAAAUUUUAGGCCAUGGAGAACAUCCGUCCUCCCACUGCCGUCCACAAUCCCAAAAAUCCUUUCGUCAGAUUCAUCUUUUUUUUCGUCGAGAUCACUGAGGUAUGUUGUUUGAAAAAGAAUUUUAUUGUUUUAUGUUUGAGGAUUGCAGUGAAAUACUAUUCCGGGAGAUCAGAAAGAUGGAAGGUAACCUUCAUCACGUCCUACCGUCGGCCCUUCUCGAUGCUCAAAGGAGGAAACGGGCAAGGUAGGAAUGAUUACGUUUAUUUCUUUCUCGGUUUAGAUUUGAAAAAGAACGUGGCCCAGAAGCUCGAAAUCAUGCAGAAGCAGAAGCCAUUGCUCAGAUCCCCGGGCAAAAUACCGUCGGCCUUCUCGAUGCUCCUAAGACCAGGAACAGCAACAACCCCAACGUCCACUUGUUCAAUUAUGAGGUGAGUCAAGUUACGAGUUAUUUUUAUUGGUUUAGGAACACAACAACGACAUCUUGGAUGUGGUGUCCACACCACAAGAACGACAAGAAGCUCGUGACAGACUAUUUGGAGCCGCAGGUCGCAUGGCCUCCUUUUCUAGCACAGAUGACUUCGUCCACAUCGUCUUGCGGAAAAUCAGGAGAAAUUCAGCAGUUCGAAAAUCAAUGAACGUUGGACGACCUCAGGGCAACCGAUGCGAAAGACAUGAUCCUCUGUUCCGAUGCAUCCUUCGUCUUCGUCGACACCAUUGAGGUAUGUUGUUUAAGAAUGAAUUUUUAUUGGUGUUUAGUUCGAGGAUUGCAGUGAAAUAGUAUACCGGGAGAUUAGAAAGAUGGAAAGCAACCUGCACCACCUCCGUCUUUCCUGUAUACCACCUGAAUGGGGUUCAUGGAAAGCAUUGGCAAGCCCCUUGAAGAAGGAGAACUAUACACUGGAAAAGACUUGGUUAGCACCCCAUUUCGACGUUGACGUCGGCUCCGUUCAAAGAGAAGGAUACGUGUUACAUUUACAAUGA